GAGAACCACUAUGGCUGCCUUGAUCACCAAGUUUUGUUCUCAAGCUCUCAUUAUCUUCCUUCUCAUUCUCCCUUCCUUGGUUUCCAAGUCAUGUGCUGCAAGCAUUGUGGUUUACUGGGGUCAAAAUGGAGGCGAGGGCACACUAACAGACACAUGUGCAUCGGGGAGAUAUGAAAUCGUCAACAUUGCAUUUCUCUCCCAAUUUGGCAAUGGCCAAACUCCUUUAAUCAACCUAGCCGAUCACUGUGAUCCGGCAUCCAAUGGCUGCCAACGCUUCAGCAAUGAAGUCAGAAACUGCCAAAACCAAGGGAUUAAGGUCCUGCUUUCAAUUGGUGGUGCCGGUGGGAGCUACACACUAUCAGAUGAAGAUGAUGCUAGGCGUGUAGCAGACUACAUUUGGAAUAACUUCUUAGGAGGACAAUCAAACUCGAGGCCUUUAGGUGACGCGGUCUUAGAUGGGGUGGAUUUCGACAUUGAGAUGGGUGUACCUCACUAUGAUGCACUGGCUAGGAAGUUAUCCGAGUAUAGCACAAGUAGCCGAAAGGUACUCUUAUCUGCAGCACCACAAUGCCCAUUUCCUGACCAGCUCCUCAACGGUGCAUUAACUACAGGCCUAUUUGAUUAUGUUUGGGUUCAAUUCUACAACAACCCACAAUGUGAAUAUAGCUCUAGUAAUUUUGAUACCUUCAAGAACUCAUGGAACCAAUGGAACAACAUAGACGCUAGAUUCUUCUUUGUCGGGCUUCCAGCUUCGCAGGCAGCUGCUGGCAGUGGGUAUGUGCCUUCAAAUGAUAUGAUAAACCAGGUGUUACCAUUUGUUAAGAUGUCUGGCAAGUAUGGAGGUGUCAUGCUCUAUGAUAGGUUUCAAGAUAUCCAGACCGGAUAUAGUACUCAAAUCCAAGGCAGUAUUUAACUUGAGCCAAGAAUAUCCAUCAGAAUAAUGACUUACUAUAUGUAAAAUAAAGUCAUGGGUAUAGCAUGCUCUAGCUCUCUUGAACUUAAAGCAGUUUGUAACUUUGUAUAAUCAAAGCCCCCCUUGUUACCUAGUUAUAAUCUGCCAAUUUGGUACUGUAUAUGUAAUCCAAGCAUUAUGUAAUAAAUGGCUUAAAAUAAGAAGAAUGAUAAGUUCUGCUCUUUC